AUGCCGAAGCCAGAGAAGGCCUGCCGGAGUUCAACCCCAUGCGUCUGCUGCACGGCGAGCACCGGCUGCAGCUGCUGCAGCCGCUGCAGCCGGAAAUGA